UGUAACAUGCCAGCCAGCCAUACCUGCAUGGAUGAGGCUGAAAGUCAGUUGUCUCUGCAGAUGUCAAUAUCUGACAUUGGAGAAGGAAGUCUCAACUUGACGACCAGUGCACUCAGGAGGUGCAAACAGUUGGUCCUGCGGCCAUAUUGGAUGCUGCUCAUGUUUAUUGGGUGGCGAGGGUUUGGUCGUGAGUCUAUCAACUCGGGUGGACGGAGAUGGAAGGUGCUGAACGUGGUCUACCCGGUGCUCAUCAUCCUGCUGCUGCUGUACACAUACAUCUACGAGAUGGUGGCCUGCGAGUGGAAGCUGGACGUCAAGAAGGACACACAGAAUUCCCAAACUACAACGACAACAACAAUAAGGCCCACGCCACCGUCUAACGUGACCAACAGCACAACAGAAUACAUUCCAUUCUUUCCCAUUGACCCGGCAGAGACCAUUGAAGCCAACCUGACCGAGCCAUCCAGCCCCCCGAUAGCAUGCGAACAUGUCGUCACCACAUACGUCAUCCCAAACUUCCUGCACUUCAUAGCUUACAUCAUGGGAUUUAUAUAUUUCCGUAUCCAAGACAACGAACAUCUGUAUGCCCUGAUGGAGAAGGUUUUCUUACAAGCAACUCCUUUGCAAAGCCGAACAGCUUCACAGAAGAAAAUGAUAAGGAAACUGAGAUGUUUCCUAGUGGCCGGUGGGACAAUAUGGGUGCUGCUUCAAUAUACCCUCUGUCUACAGGGUCUUAAUAUGAAAAAUUCUGUGCAAUACCCAACUUCCCAGGGCUCGCACCAUCUUCCAGGAGAUAGGGUCAAACGUGAGUGUCACUGGAUCCUGUUUGUGUUUGAGUUGGUUGGUCGUAUGGUUCUCAACGCUGUCAACCUGGCAGUGGUUGUCAACUACGCCACACAGUGUGAGAUGAUCCUGUUCUUUGUCCGAGGUUUGACCCUCCGGCUGCAGGAGAAGUCCACCGACCUACGGACAGCCAUGAAGGAUGUUCUGAUGCUGAGACAGACGCUGAGUAUGUUGAACGGCAGCAUAUCCAAGAUGACGUCCCUCACCUCGGUCAUCCUGGCAGAGCUUACCAUCAUAGGUAUAAGUAUCCUGGCCCUAAACAAGUAUAACAUAGUAAAGGUGUGGACCUACAGGAGUAUAUUUCCUGUCAUCUGGGCCAUGAUGCUCAGUUUUCCCUUGUUUCAGGCAGCUCGAGUGAACUCUGUAUGUCGGAGAAUAAAGAAAAUCUCUCUGGAGAUGCGAGUGUUUGGUUACAAGAACAACUCGCAGCUAGAUCUGGACUCAUUCCUGUUGUUUGUUGGCCACACAAACCUCAAGGCCAAGUUAUUCCACAUUCCAAUCCAGCCAUCUUACGUCAUAUCCAUCCUAGUGCUCGGAGCAUUCGUAUUACUAAUCCUGUUUCAAACAAGCAGCAUCGGGCCAGUCGACUAUAUAUUCUAAUGAACUGUGGUACAGAUCGACCAACAAGGCAACAAACACGUCUAGGACCUGGAGACAAGAACAGGUGCUUUCUUUGGCAUCCCUACUGAAGUGUUCAUGAUGAGGAUGGACCAAAACGUGGUGAAUGUGUGACUGCGAUGGAUCAAUCAGAGUGUAUCAGACAAAAUAUUGCAAUGACAUGGAUUGAGAAAUUGAGAAUGUAGUCACACUUUUUCACCAUAGCAGACGUAGCUGUGAUAUAACAUUGAUGGGAGUUCCGUAGCUGGUUUGACCCUCCGCAAUCGCCUUGAUCCACUGUCACUACCAUACAAUACAUGCAUAUCCUCAUCAGUGAUAUAUAUAUAGCUAAGACCUUUGUCACUGUCCUUCCACAUUAAUAAUACUCAAAGCCCUGUGAUAACCUGGCUUAGAAUUGGCCUUCAGCAACCAAUGUUGUAAGAGGUAAGCAAUAGGAUCGGGUGGUCAGGCUCAAACUGGUUGAUGUCAUUGUAUACCAAAUUAGGU